CGACGGGCAGGGCAUGUUGUGGGGAGGGUCCAGUGCACACGUCAGAGGGUGCGGCGGCCACGGUUUCCCGUCUCCGGUCCGAGCAGAGCAGGACAAAGGAGAAGCGAACCCACGAGGGUCACGAACUAGGAAGGCGGAGGUUCCGUCCCCGGCACCGGCGAGUCCCGACCGAGAAAGCAGCCGCGGGCGAGGGAGCGGGCGGCCCCGGCCCCGCGGGGCUCCAAGCGCGCAGCCUGUGCUCAGGUUCCACCUGCAAACGCGUUUUGGCCGUUUCGGAAGUGGCCUGAAACGCGCCCGUCAGGACUGAGUCCUUUCGUCCACCCAGGGGCCCGGAAGGCCGCAGCGGGGGCGUCGGCGGGAGUGCGGGUCACAGUUCGGCAGCACACGGGUCAGGCCGUUCCGGGGCCGCUUCUGGCGAGGGUAACGCACAAACAUAAAGAAUCCACGGAAAGCCCCCCACGGACAGCGGCGGGCCAGGGCGGGAAGCCCGGGUGAGGGGCGCGGGCGCGGCGCGGACCACGAGAGCCCACCCGCGCGUCUUCCACAGCUCGCUGAAGAGCAGCGUGAGCAGCGCUUGGGGCCGCCGUCCCGGAUGCGCGCAACCCUUUAGGACGGAGGCUACCGUGACCUCCGCCACCGAAACACCGCGCUCCCCUAGUCCCCUCCGCGGGCCGCCCUUCCCCGCCGCGCAGGCGCAGGAGGCGCAGCGAGCCCCUCCACCCGUCCACGCCCCACCGCCCCGCGCAGGCGCACUGACGCACCGAGCCUCGGCCGCUUCCCUCCCGAGGGGCCGCUCCUCCCUUGCGCAGGCGCACUGAGCCACAGCCGAGUCGGGAGGCGGGCCCGAUUGCGAGGGGGCGGGGCGAGCUGCCUUUUGCGGCUGCGCCCUCGCAUAGCCCCGCCCCAGCGAGCCACUUCCGGCGCCGCGGCUCUUCCGGGCAGAGACCGCUGAGGCUGGCAUCGGAGUCGUAACGUACCGCUGACCGAGCGAACGGCCGGCCGUCAUGGUGCCCAGAGUGGCCCGCGGGCCGAUGCCAUACUGGAGGUUGCCCCUCGGUGGCGCCGCGCUGCUCCUGCUGCUCAUCUCGGUGGCCGCCGCGCAGGAGCCUUCCGGAGCGGCAUGUUCUCAGAACACAAACAAGACCUGUGAAGAGUGCCUGAAGAACGUCUCCUGUCUUUGGUGUAACACUAACAAGGCAUGUCUGGACUACCCAGUGACAAGUGUCUUGCCACCUGCCUCCCUUUGUAAAUUGAGCUCUGCACGCUGGGGAGUCUGUUGGGUGAACUUUGAGGCGUUGAUCAUUACCAUGUCGGUGGUUGGAGGAGCCUUCCUCCUGGGCAUCGCCGUCUGCUGCUGCUGCUGCUGCAGGAGGAAGAGGAGCCGGAAGCCGGACAGGAGCGAGGAGAAGGCCAUUCGUGAGCGGGAGGAGAGGCGGAUACGGCAGGAGGAACGGAGAGCAGAGAUGAAGACAAGACAUGAUGAGAUCAGAAAAAAAUAUGGCCUGUUUAAAGAAGAAAACCCAUAUGCUAGAUUUGAAAACAACUGAAAUGCUCCAACCCGCCAGGCAGUCCCGAAGCUUCCUGUGAGGUGCGCACACUCCACAGCACAGCCCGGCCGGGAGACCACGUGACCUUGACCAGUGCAGCCUUCAGGACAGGCGCUCGCAGAACUGCCCCUAAAGGACAAUCGUCCUCUUGUCCCUGCAGACUUGUGACCUUUGAUUCCUUGUUCAUGCCUAUAUUUAGUCACUUGAAAUGGGAAGCCUUUGGGGUUUGGGUUUUGGAGGAGGAAACGUGCCUAUUCCACUACUCGUCUCAGUCUGUAAGCCGACUGCACACCAAGCCGCCUGGCGGCCCCGGCGCUGUGGCUGUUCAUUCUCCUGGGCAGCAGCAGAGCCCGGCGUCCUCUCUGUCCACUAACAAGCUUACAUGCAACAAUGGGAAGCCGAUUUUCCUUUUGUCAUUUCCCCAUAAAACCGUGGACAGUGUUCGUACACGUGUCUUAAGUCUUCACACCUGUUGACUCACGUGGCUUUUGCUGGUGACAGGGCUCCAGUACACGGUCUGAUAAGGAGCUCCUCUUCCUAACUUCAAUUCUGUUAAAUGGCAUUGAGGAGUCGCUAAACUUAAACCUUUAAAAAAAAUUACUGGAUUUUCUCCCCUACUUAAAAGAUUUCACCAGAAUACUUUCAUAUAAAAUUUCAGGCCCCUUUUGGACAAUUUUUAAAAUUUGUGUUUUCACUAGAACAUGAGACUGUUUUUCCCUUGGACGCUUGAAUUACUCCUGUGGUGUUGGGCCUGCCUCUGGAGCGCUGCUGGGCUCCCAUCCGGCGGUGUGGGGAGGACGCUGCAGCGCUCCCCAGCCCUCUUGGUAUGCUCUUUCUGCCUGUUGGGCUGUCUGGGGGGCGGCCAUUUAGGGAUCGUUGGGGACGGCAGGUCCGCCCCGAGGAGAGAGAAAGGCCCGUGCACAGGUCAGGCUCUGGGCCGCGUGCCGCGGAAGCCGGUGUGCAGAGCCCACUGAGGGCUCUCCCCACACCACCCAGCAGGUGCUGGUGCUCCUGCCUCAUGGGAUCAUUCCAGCCUUCCAGCCGCUCUGGCUUGAGGGUGUUUUGGGCACUUCCUUCCUAGUGGGCUUCCCUGGGAGCUCUCCAGUGGCACUGCAGGCACCCCACAGAGCUGGCCCUGUCCCGCAUUUCUGUAAAGUCAGGGUGCAUGACUUUAGUUAGUCGACCACACGCUUCAUGGCAGGGGCAGCAGCGUGUGGGGAAGCGGAAGAGUACUGCUCAAUGACGUUUGAAAGGAGUCCCCGCUCCAGAUUGCUCUGAAUUUUAACACACUUCGCUUUGGGAAAGUCAGUCGACAGCUCCUAAGAUAAAUGACGCAUUCCGUUUUCCUACGUCACAGUCGUGAAACAGAAAACUGUCUUCAGCACGAGAUAAAGUUCACAGGCAGAUCCCCAUGAUCCAGAACGCCUUAAGGAACCCUCCAGCAGCUAGAUCAGCCUUUUCACUGAGCACAUCUCACCGAGAGUAACACUCCUACCCUGAAAUUUCCAGAGAGCAUAUAACCUGUACCCAGUUCUUCAGGCUUAUUUCUCUGACUUCUUGGGCAUUCGUAGCAAAGUAUUACAGAUUCCUACGUAUUUUAUAGCAGCCAUCAAAAUUGGACUUUGUACUGUUUAUUCAUAAAAGAAACUUCCUAAUAGACUUUUAACGAACUUUGUGUGAAUACAGUAGUGUUUGUGCAGUCAGUUUCCUGCACGUAGGUUGCUGAGCUGAAGGUAGAGCUUGGUUGUUAAAUACAACACAGCUAACCCUUGUGUUCAGUGGAAAACCACGUCUAGGAGGUUGCUCUUAGUCCAUCUGCUUUUUUCUGAAAUAUACUAAGAGCAGCCACAAAACUGUAACCUCAAGGAAACCAUAAAGCUUGGAGUGCCUUAAUUUUUAACCAGUUUCCAAUAAAACGGUUUAAUACCUGUGUUUGUUUA